AUGUUAGCCAUUUUCUGGUACCUUCUCUUGGUGGUUGCCGAUUCCACCAUAGUACUCGUUACUACAUCUCAAGUAUCGGUUCAGACGAUUACUGAGUACUCAUGUGCCGACCACCGGUGUCAGACACCACUCACUACAACGUACUUAUCGACGGUAGUAGUUCCUGUCACCCUGACUAUGUAUGUGACGACCUGUUUGGAGUCAUCUACAGUAACAUCCAGCGACCCUCCAAAGAAAAAGAAGAAGAAAUUUUUCGUUUCGAGCCUGACUUCUGCUUCUGUGUCUUCCAUUGAUGACCCCAGCUCAUCGUCUGCUAUGUCUGCUGCUUCUUCUGGCUCGUCCUCUGCGUCUACUUCUACUACCUCCUCUGCUGUUUCAAGUCCUGGUCAGAUUUCUGUCAAAACAGAUUCCAGUUCGGGAGUUUUGGCUUCGAGCUCUACUAUUCUGACUAAUUCUAACAUCGGUGCUCGUGUUGCUUCCGGUGCCGCCUCUCUGAGUUCCGAGGCUGGUUCGGGAUCAAGUUCAGUGACUUCGUCUUCGAAUGCUUCAUUGUCAUCAUCCUCUGCCUCAAUUCGUGUCUCGGACUCUGUCUCGUCAAGCUCUGUCUCGAGUACUUCUUCCAGCUCUGGAUCCAGCUCUGCUUCAAGUGCUGCCUCUAGCUCUGCUUCUAGUGCUACUUCAAGAUCCACCAUCUCUAGUAGCUCUGCCGUCUCUAGUAGCUCUGCCGUCUCUAGUAGCUCUGCCGUCUCUAGUAGCUCUGCCGUCUCUAGUAGCUCUGCCGUCUCUAGUAGCUCUGCCGUCUCUAGUAGCUCUGCCGUCUCUAGUAGCUCUGCCGUCUCUAGUAGCUCUGCCGUCUCUAGUAGCUCUGCCGUCUCUAGUAGCUCUGCCGUCUCUAGUAGCUCUGCCGUCUCUAGUAGCUCUGCCGUCUCUAGUAGCUCUGCCGUCUCUAGUAGCUCUGCCGUCUCUAGUAGCUCUGCCGUCUCUAGUAGCUCUGCCGUCUCUAGUAGCUCUGCCGUCUCUAGUAGCUCUGCCGUCUCUAGUAGCUCUGCCGUCUCUAGUAGCUCUGCCGUCUCUAGUAGCUCUGCCGUCUCUAGUAGCUCUGCCAGCUCUACUGGUUCCACCAGCUCUGUUAGCUCUACUGGUUCCACCAGCUCUAGUAGCUCUAUUGGUUCUACCAGCUCUAACUCUUCUUCUGGUCUUGUGAGUUCAUCCUUCUCUUCGGAUACCGCUUCUACCUCACUGAGCACUCGGAGCUCUGAACCUUCCAGGCUGCCAAUAGUGAGCUCUCUGCUGAGAACCUCCAGCUCUGAACUUCUUCUCGUUUCUUCAACUUCGAGAUACUCUUCGCCCAGUGGUACAAGUGACUCUGUCUCAAGUGGUCGCAGCUUCUCCCUGAGCCAGUCAAGUUCAGAAGUUCUUGCUGUUUCUUCUACGCCUUCUACUUCUUCCCAAAGUUCCGCUUCUCUUGCUAGCUCUUCGACUCAAUCUUCUCUGAGUUCAAGCUCAAUCACCAGCAGCUCAAGCAAUGUUGCUUCAACUGUUGCCGCAAGUACAAGUGCAAGACCCCUGGAAUCUUCUUCAACCAUGCAGAGCCCAAGUUCUGUUUUGAAAUCUCCCAGUGCAAGCACCACUAGUGGCCCAUCUGCUUUGAUGUUCUUUGUUGGUUCCAGCAGCUGGGUGAACACAACCUCAGUAGUUGGACCCACUUCUUCGAGUUCGUCGGUUCCAACCGAGACUCCCAGAUCAACUACUGUACCUGUAGACUCAACCCAGUUCAUUGAUCAAAGCAUCCCAGCUCCAGCAAUUUCGCAGACAACUCAAACAACUCUGACUACUCAAACAACUCAGACUACUCAAACAAUCGAAACACCUCAGGUUUUCCAGACAACCCAGACCUUCCAGACAAUCCAAACAAUUCAAACAACUGAAUCCUUGUCAAUUGAUCAAACUGUUUCGUCUAGCUAUUCAAUGGCUUCUACUACUGAGAAUUCAUUGGUUUCAUCUCAAAUCACCUUGACAAGCUCGUCUGCUUCCCCUGAAGAGACAGAACCAGUUCAGGUGAUAACCACCACUACAUCGGAUACUAUGGUCACUUCCACUGACUUCGUGAACCCAAUCACAACCGGAAAUUCUCCUUCCAGUGUCUCGGAAUCCAGUUCGGUAGCCUCACCAGGUCCACAGACUCUGGCGGUGAACCCACCUGAUUCAGCACUGAGUACCACAUCUGGCGCAAUUUCGUUCUCAUCAUUGUCUGGCACAAUUUCAGAAACCUCUUUGGUAUCUUCUGUUCCUACUACCUUCGUUGUGUCCUCCACCAGGAACUCUUUGGCAUCGUCGUCUGGUACUACGGCCAAUACUACUCCAGGCUUCACAUUGACCCCAAUUCUCAACGGUGCGUGCCCCGAAAUCCAACUUUCUUGGGGCUUGUUGGCUGUGAUGCUCUUGGUUUAA